AUGCGGCAGCUGCUGCUGCGGGCGGCGCGGGCGGGGGUGCCGCUGCUGCGGGGUGGUCCCGCUUCCCCAGGCAAAGCCCGGCCAAGCCACAGCGAGCCGCGGGGCCGGGAUGGACGCGGCGGGGAGGAGGAGGAGGAGGAGGAGGAGGAGGAGGAGAUGGAAGGGUGGCACCAGCUGUACCCCGGCCACAUCCCCACCAGCCCGCUGCAGAAGGCGCUGCUGGCCGCCGGCUCCGCCGUCAUGGCGCUCUAUGACCCCUACAGACAUGACAUGGUGGCAGUCCUUGGGGAGACCACAGGCUGCCUGGCCCUGCCAAACCUGCGAGACAAGAUGAAAAAUCACCCUGAAGGUUACCGCAUCCUCCGGGAGCGACCUCGCAUCCGUCUCUCCACCCUGGACAUGGCCAGGCUGCAGGGGCUGCCGGAUGGCUCCCUGGGCCGGGAGUAUGUCCGGUUCCUGGAGGACAAUAGGGUUUCUCCAGACACCAGGAUGCCACCUAAGUUUGUUGAUGAUGAAGAGCUGGCAUACGUGAUCCAGCGGUACCGGGAAGUCCAUGACCUGAUGCACACCCUCCUGGGCAUGCCAACCAACAUGCUGGGUGAGGUGGUGGUGAAGUGGUUCGAAGCCAUCCAGACAGGGCUGCCCAUGUGUGUCCUGGGAGCAGCGUUCGGCCCUGUCCGGCUCAGCACACGAAAGCUGCAGGUCCUGGCCACCGAGCUGGUUCCCUGGGCGAUUCGAAGCGGGCUCAACUCCAGCUGUGUCCUGAAUGUCUACUACGAGCAGCGCUGGGAGCAGCCAGUGGAGUCCCUGCGGGAGGAGCUCGGCAUCUUCCCUCCCCCGGCCGUUCGAGUGUGAGAGCUCAUGUUGGGAAGAGCCCAGGGCAUCCCUUGGCAGCCAAACUCCACAUCCUCCUGCCCUGCCCGGGAGCACAGCGUGGCUGUGCUCUGCCACCACGGACCCAAGGGCUCUGUUCUCUCCUGCCAAGACCUGGCACCAACCUCUUGGUAGGGGCCAACUGGCACCUCCCUGUCCUAUGACAAAAACUCGACCUUUUUUGGCUCUUUGUGAUUUUGUUUGCGGGAUGUCAAGGUCAGAUGUGCCUUUUCCAGCUGGUCUGGCUGCUCAGAUCUCCCAGCAGCAGCAUUCUGGUACUGAUGCUCCGAGAUGCUGGCAUGGGGAGGGAGCACACUGCAGCAAACUGAUGCCUUGUCCUUCUGCAGCUCCAGGGCUGUGCAGGUAAAUCCUUCCUCCCACCUUUCCCAUCCUGGGAAGAUCGAGGCUACAAGUCUUGGGGCUGCCCUGGACUGGAGGUAAAUCCAUGACUUCCAGAGGAGCACAGGGGCAGGUUUGGUGAAAUCCCAUUUUGUAUUGGUGCCUAACUGGUCUCCUGUUGGGUCAUAUUGGAUGUGUCUCAUUCCUGCCUCAGAGAUCAGGCAGUGUGUGAUUGUGUGUAGAUGGGGCAGGCAGGGAAAUACCUUUGGGUAUUUUCCCUCCUGGACUGGCUUUUUUGAGAGACGAUCCCAGUCUGCUGUGUCUCCCUGUAGCCCCUCCCCCCAAAAAAUGAUGAAAUCCACAUGAUUGUGCUGGCUGUUCAGUAGGAAUCAUCCCUUCCUUG